AUGAACGAUAAACACGACACAGAUUUAACAUUCAAACGAAUCGCAGCUCAAUUUCUAACACUUUCUCUGAUUCGUUUCUCAAAAAAAUCUCAUUCCUCGCUCCAUUAUGGCUUGCAAUUUUGGGUACUCUAUGUCUUUCCGAGCUUUAGCGUUGAAGACAUCCGUCAAACAUUCCUCAGCCACUUUCUCAAGGAUCUUGAUCGGAAGCUGAUCAUUGCUUUUAAAGAUAACGAGAUUGAGAGAAGCCAAUCGCUUAAUCCCGAUCUUAAACGACCGAUUAGAGAUUCGAGAAUUGCGAUUGUUAUCUUUUCCAAAAACUACGCUUCUUCAAGCUGGUGUUUAAAUGAAUUGCUGGAGAUUGUUAGAUGCAAAGAAGAUAGCAAUCGAUUGGUGGUGAUUCCUGUUUUCUAUGGCUUGGAUCCGUCUCAUGUUAGGAAACAAAUCGGCAAUUUUGGAAAAAUCUUUAAGAAGACUUGUCAAAACAGAACAGAGGAUGAGAUAAAUCUGCGGAGGAGAGCUUUGAUCGAUGUAGCUAAUACUCUCGGAUAUCAUUCUACGAUUUGUAAAGCAAAUAUGACAAAAGAAAUCACCAAUGAUGUUUUGGUUAAACUGAAUUUAACUCCAUCAAAUGAUAUUGAGGAUUUUGAAGUGAGGAUGGUUCGGAUUUGGGGUUUUUAUUUAGUCGUCUCUCUCGUCAUUUCCAAGGUAGUGUCUUCAUAG